AUGAAUGAAGUAGUACCAAUACUUUUGCCAAUCAAACUUGGACCUUCUCGACGAAACUUUCCAGCGAUCAACGUGAAAGUACCAACAAGUUGUUCCCCACUCUACUCGACCACACCUUUUGGUGAAAUUCGAGAAAAUUUGUUAAUGGGACCAACGCGUAAGCCAGAUAUCCGAACUGAAUUAGAAAGUAUUGGGCGAUGUUUGAAGGGCGAAGAACUUGUUAAUGCUUUGAUGGAGCGAGUACUUGCAACAGAAGAAGAAAAAGCAACACUUCUUACAAAAUUACAAGAACACUCUAAUCAGGAAAACACAUGGCGAAAGCAAAACGAAUCGUUGAUAAAGAAAGUUGAAAAACUUGAAUGCACAUUGAUGAAAACGGAAUUAGCGAAAGGAAAAUUGGAAGAAUUAUGCAGGGAAAUGCAAAGAAUUCAAAGGAAAUCGACUGAAGAACAUGUAGAAAAAUUGCGAAUACUAGAGAAGAGUAGAGAAGAAAUGGUUAUACAGUUUAAAGAAUCCAUGGCCAGUAUACAGAAAUCAAUGGAAGAAGGUCGACAAACUUCUGAAAAACUUACUUGUGAUAAUGCUAACCUUGCAGAAAAAUUGAAAAAAUUAUCGACUGACUGUGAAUCAAGAGUUGCUCUCCUUUCUCGUCAGUUUGACGAGAAGUCUGAUUACUGCGAAAAAUUAAUUGCUGCGCGUGAUAUGGAAGUGGAAUUAUAUAAAGCGAAGCUAAACGCAGCAAGUCUAGAUAUUCAAAAACUCACACAGGAAAAAUUGCAACUACAAAAUGAUCUCUUGGCUCGUGAACUCAGAAUGAAAGAAGCGCUUGAAGCUGAAAAGGAAAUGCGCGAACAAAUUAAUAAAUAUUCCAAAAAAUACAAUGAAUUACACAAUAGUCUUAAUAAUUCAAACGAAACCUUUGAUAAAUUCAAGCGAGAGAUGGAACGGAUGAAUACAAAUUUAAUAAAAGUUGAAAAAGAAUCUCGCAGAUGGAAAACAAAACAUGAAGAUUUAUCAAAAAUCUUGGCUAUAACAGUUGAUGAAAAGAAAAAAAUCGAAGAUGAAAGUGCUCAUAAAGAUCGUCAGCUUCAGCAACUCCAGAUUCUUUGUCGAACUCUGAAAUCUCAAAUUCCUAAUGAAUGA